AUGGAGGUACACCCAAUUGCGACAUGCACUGCACUUUCUCAUCCCAACCCGCCGCUCACACUGCCAAUCCAGCAUAGUGGCGUGGAGGAGGGGGCGCCCUCAAAGGGCGGGCGUGGAGGAGGGGGCGCCUCCAAGAGGGGAGUGGCGUGGAGGAGGGGGCGCCCUCAAAGGGCGGGCGUGGAGGAGGGGGCGCCUCCAAGAGGGGAGUGGCGUGGAGGAGGGGGCGCCCUCAAAGGGCGGGCGUGGAGGAGGGGGCGCCUCCAAGAGGGGAGUGGCGUGGAGGAGGGGGCGCCCUCAAAGGGCGGGCGUGGAGGAGGGGGCGCCUCCAAGAGGGGAGUGGCGUGGAGGAGGGGGCGCCCUCAAAGGGCGGGCGUGGAGGAGGGGGCGCCUCCAAGAGGGGAGUGGCGUGGAGGAGGGGGCGCCCUCAAAGGGCGGGCGUGGAGGAGGGGGCGCCUCCAAGAGGGGAGUGGCGUGGAGGAGGGGGCGCCCUCAAAGGGCGGGCGUGGAGGAGGGGGCGCCUCCAAGAGGGGAGUGGCGUGGAGGAGGGGGCGCCCUCAAAGGGCGGGGAUGGAGGAGGGGGCGCCUCCAAGAGUGGAAUAG